UCGUAUAUACGUGAAAUCAGAGGAGCUUGUGAACGCUGCAUUAGAACUGGAUUUGACCAAAACACGAAGGGCUGCUGAGAAAUUAGAUUAGAUCAGAUCAGACUAGAUCAGGGUACACACACACCUUAAUCAUUUCACUCAGUUUAACGCGAUUCACGAUGAUCUCCAGCUGCUAAUAAACCAAACAACUACAUUUGAGAAUGGCUCGUCCUGUGCACUUGGUGUUUUUGUUGUGCAUGGUUCUGGAACACGGCUCGGCGCUUUUUGAAGAGUGCACAAGGGGAAAUGGUGUGCAGUACAGGGGAGAGCAAAAUAAAUCUUCUUCAGGCAGUUUUUGUCUGAACUGGAACAACACGACCAGGGACUAUGACGUCACACUGCACCCACAGCUGGCCACAGUUGUAGGGGACCAUAACUAUUGCCGCAAUCCUGAUGACUCAGGCGAACCCUGGUGCUACGUUUCCGGAGCAGAUGGACAACUCCUGCGAGAAGCGUGUUCUAUUGAGGCAUGCCAAGAUAAAAACUGCACAGGAGCAGUAACCUGUGUCAUGAGCCUCUCAGAAGAAGAAAUGACGACUGAGCUGGUGAGGUCUGUAGAAGGAGCCGCUGUGCAGCCGGUGGUGGGGGUCAGUCAGCGCGUCAGGACAGGACCCAAGAAGAAGAAAGACCUUGGGGUUAUGGGUUAUGUUCUAGCCAUAAGCAUGAUGUCCAUCAUUAUCAUCCUUGGAGUGGGAAUUACACUGGGCUACUUCUACAAGCGGGGUCGUGACCUGAAGAAGCAGCACGAUCAGCAUGUAUAUGAACGAGAGAUGCACCGCAUCACACUGCCCCUUUCUGCAUUCGCCAACCCCACGUGUGAGCUGGCGGACGAGAACACCAUCGUGGUGACGGCCGAGCCCAGCGAGCAAGCGCUUUCGCAAGCCGUGAUCGAGGUUAGCGACCCACUCAUCGACUCUGUGGGAACCCCUGGAGCCUGACGGUUCCUCUACAGGACGGGAAAUGUUUAAAAUCUCUGAGGAUCAGCACCACCCCAUACAUACCUUCUCUGUCAGUCUCCUUCUUUUCAGGAGAAAGGAAAGCUCUUCAUGGACUCCUAGCAUCCACGUCUCCUCGACGGCAGCCGUGUUGAGAAGUAGAGGAUGCAACCAGACACACGACAGACAAUUAAGAACGAAAGGACUACAGGGGGAGUUGUAUAAAAGUGCAUGUCAGGAUUUUUUUCCAGAUGAAUCACAUGUAAACCUUUUCGAGUGUGUUCUUCUGGAGUACUAGAGUGGCCUAUACCGCCACAUUUCACCAUUCUGCAUUCUGGUUAUAGCAUGGUGGUCCAUUAAUAAGUCUUAUGCACAUGUUGGAAAUGAAGCUGUGUAUUAUAACAGGGCUAAAUUGAAGUGAUCGUGGGAAAAGGUUUUUUUUUCUUUUCUGUUAUUUAGAGGAAAAGGAGAGAGCAAGCACAUUCAUCCCCCAUUAUAGUAUUUAGUGCUACGGCGCCCCCACCCGAGUUGUAGCGCUCCGUAUUUGAGUGGCUUUGGAUCAAUUAGCAAAGUGGAUCUAAUAUUCAUCAGCUUUGGCAGGUCCGUUUAAGGAAACCUCAUUUAUUUUAGAAGCACAGUGGCCAGGUUUCCACACAUACACAUUGCCUCAGUGUGGUGAAUAUAUACAUAACUACAAAAAAACGUUAGGGUUUAUAAACGGUUUUCACUGGGUAUAGGAAUAUACAGGUAGUCUUCUACUUACGAUCGAGAUAUGUCGAAGAUGGUGCUGUGACUGUGACAGUCUUUCCUGCUUCAUGAUGAUUUAUCAUUUAUAUUUUCUGCUCUAAACUGAUGGCUUUCCUCUUCCGUUUUUUUCACUACCAGCAGGAGGCAUACUUUGGCACUUGCAAGACACGCUUUUCUCACUAAAAUUGCUGUUUGAAACUGAACAACUUUACUCGGGCGACCGCUAGCGAGAGCGGGGCGACUCGGCGGGCGAGAGAUGCACUCAUCCCACCUGCACGUCCAACGUAUCCUACAUCGUACGCUGCUGCCUGGUGCACGAAAUUUUAAAUAGCUUUACAAUUUUGCCGUAUCGCUCUCGUCAACGUAAGAUCGAAAAAUCGUAAGUCGAACCACCGUAACUCGGGGACCAUCUGUAUUCCCAAAGUGAGGCAAAUGCAAUGCACAUUGGCAUAGACUGAAUACGUGUUGUGGAUCAGGUGUUUGAGUUCAACAUUAGCUUGUUUAUCAUAUGCUAUUAAAAUAAGUGGAGACUGUGCUUGACAGGUAAUUAGUUGUUAAAUGAUAUACACUGGCAAAAGAAUUCACCAAGUCUCACUCCAUUCUGAUUUAUAUCUUGGAUUAUGCUUUAAAAUUUUGUCAUGUCUGCUUUGUAUACCAGGGCCAUGUCCACACUAAUAUGGUUUCAAACAAAAAUGUGUAUUUUUUUUCUCUCCAUUCUGACCUUUCAUCCACACAGACGGCAAAAACGUAGGUUUCUCAAAACACUCGCCAAAUUGGCUGACUUUGGAAAAAAAAUUUUACUCCCUACGAUGUUUCAAAGAGCCGGAAAGUAAAUAAACGGCGGCAUGUCUUACAUUUUGCUCAUGCGCAUUACAGGGACGUAAUCAUUUUUCAGAGGAUUCAGUGUGAACGAGCAACUUUGGGGAAACGAAAGUUUGGACCCGGAGCAUUUUUUUUGACGAAAAAGCCGUUUUCAAUUGUACCCUAGAUUGCUGAACUGCAAAGAAAUCUACAAACUAGUGUUUUUUUCUUCUCCCCUCAGAUUAGCUACACCUAUAAGACACUAAUCAAGUCGUCUUUUUACCACUUGAUCGUAGAAAUCUUAUCAGCGAUCCAGAUUUUCACUCAUGAUAGACAUUUAAACAUUUAAACACUGACAUUGGGAUUUUUUGUAGCAAAAUAUAAUCCCUGGAUUGAAAAAAAAAAAAAAGGAAUUGUUCACUGUAUCCUGUCAGGUGUUUUGAACUCUGUUGAAUGGGUUCUGUGACUUUCGUUUCUUUUUGCUGAUCCAAAUCUUCUCUGCUCAAGAUGUCGGUCAAACUAAAAAACCCGAUAUGAGCAGCCUGUUUGAAAACUGGUCAUUGAAAUGAGCAAAAGGUCCUUGAAAGAAGAAAGUGUUUUUUCACAAUACAGGAUGGUAUGUGGCGCUACAUUCCCUGGGGAAUCGUAGUUAUUUGGGUUUCCGUUCAUUUUUGUUAUGACCUGGAGUCUGCAUACUUGUUUGUUUUCUUGAUAUACCAGAACACACAAGCAUAUAGUUUCAAGAGAUGUUAUUUUUAUGUUUGGCAGGUUUUCACUGCUAUGAAGAAAAGAAUAAAAUAAAGAAUUAAAUAUA